CCACCGAGACACACAAAGGUGGUCACAUGCGCAGUGCGCAGCAGCUCGGUGCACUUGAAUGUGUCAUCUUCCGGAAUUCACCAGCCGCACUCUCGCUCCCUCUCCCCCCAAUGUACGUGCGUGUGCGUCUUUAUCAACAGAAAGCGUUUUUCACCACGAUGUUUUCCACUGUUUGCCAACCCGCACACGGCGAGAAGGUGAAGCUUUUUUCGUGGUGAUUUUUCCCACACGCCACAUUCGCUAGCGAACGUUGGUCUGGUGCGGACCGAUUUUCACGUGUGCGCGCGUGUGUGUGUGUGUGUGUUGCCAGUGUACUUGCUGGGUGAAUUUCGAGGAAAGAAAAACUUCUCCUCCCCCCGACGGCUUCGCUGUAUGCACAUAUUGUGCAGUCAGAAGUAACGAACUUUGAAUUUCCCCCAUUUCUAUCGGGUGGUGGUGGAGCCUGCAAGUGAAAAGUAGAAGCAGCUGUACGAAAAGGUGCAUUUUCAAAUCGUUUCGCGAAGCUUGUAGAACAUUGCACGGACACACGGCCAUUCCGUCACAUAUGUUAGCGAAAAAGCACCCUCCGGAUAGGGGUUGAAGUUCGCGCUAAACCAUGGUGUGGUGGCUGCUGGUGUGAUUGGACCACCACCCUCCCCCCCCCGGAAGAAGGUCACAAUACAACGCAGGCAACAGGCAUUCUGCGUAUUUAUAGCAUUGUUUGUCCGAAUUGGAGCGGAAAAUCUGCUAAAAGCGCAACAAAGCUCCCCCACAACACGACAUCGUCCUUCGGCUGCUGCUGCUGCUGCUUCUGUCUCUUUCCGGAAGAUAAAGAGAACGCCUUCGGCUGAAGGAUAGACGGCCGUCCAACCCGUUAUUGGUGGUUUUUGCCAAGUUGGUGCACCGGGUGCUAAGAACGCUCGCAGCGGGACGGAAGGGCGGCCGUGCGGUCCAGGCGGCCACGAUGGAGCUGAUACGGAAGAAGAUGAAACCGUACCAGCCGUCGGAGCAGCUGGUGGUGCGCGACAGCGUCAGCCUCAGCAUGGACGAGGACCUGAGCGAUGACGUGGAGGACGAGGUGUUCAUACGGGACGGGCGCACCUGCCGCACGUACGAGGAUCGGGGCGCGAAGCGGCCGCUCAUGGCACCGAGGCGCACCCGGUACGGCAAAGCAACAAGUGGCAACGGGAGCGGCGGUGUGGGCUGCGGUGGCAGCGCGGGUGGCGUGCGCUCCUCCAGCCCCAUCCUGAAGAAGUACCGCCGCCGGAAGUGCUGGAAGUGUUGCGAGCCGUUCUGCUACGGGCUGGCCGCGGUGACUGUUCUUAUCGGACUCAUCGUACUGGCCGCACUGCUCCUCACGGCUUUCCCGCAACCGCUGCAAAAGAUCAAGAUUUGGUUCCACAAGGAGUCCGCCUUCAGCAGUGCCGUCAUCCGGGACAAGUUCAGCAGCCUAAUGUACACCGGUGCGGACGGGAGCGUAAGCUACGCCAACCCCAGCACCCUCAACGGCACGCUGGAGAUGGUCCCCUGCACGCAAAUCACCGUGCAGAGCGUGUGGACGCGGGUCAUUGCUCGCGUCAACAGCGAAAGCCCACUCCGCAAGCUGGACGUGAACCGGGACGGCGUGGAGGACGUGAUCGUCGGGUACGGCAUCGACGAGCUGGUGGACGAGGGUAUCCGCGGCUACAUCCCCCAGUGCACGUCGCGCAAAACCGGCAUCACCGAUCUGUGCGGCGGCGGGCUGCUCGCACUGAACGGUCUCGAUGGCCAGACGCUCUGGCAGCGGUGGACCUCGUUCACGAUCUUCUCGCUCAAGUGCGACAUCGACAUCAACGCGGACGGUGGGGCCGACUGUGUGGCGGCCGGGCGCGGCGGCCUCAUACUGGCACUGGACGGGCGCAACGGCCGCAUCCUGUGGGAGCUGAAGGACUACUCCGACCUGGAAAGCUACGCCGAGAUCAGCAUCGACCUGUACACGAUCAACGUGGUGCCCGAUCUGAACAGCGACGGCAUCGCCGACAUCCUCGCCGUACACGUGGAGGAAACACAGCGCGCCCACGGUGGCCACAUCAAGCUGAUAUCGGGCGCGACCGGUGCGAUUCUGCGCAGCAUCCCCACACCCUACCGGGAGGAAAUGUUUGUCCCGAUGCAGGUGCUUACGACCGGGCCGACCACCGGUGCGGAUGCGUUUCUGGUGGUAACGGGCGGCCAGAACUCACCCGGCGGGGUGUACGUGCUGCGGCGCGAGAACCUCAUGAAGUACCCGGGCGAGAGUGCGUUCGAGCCGAUCGUGCGGCUAGAAUCGUCCGGCUUCAUGGUGCCCGCCGUACUGACCGACCUGAACGGGGACGGCGUGCAGGACAUUGUGGUCAGCUCGUUCAACUCGACCGUGUACGCGUUCGACGGUGCGAAUCGCACGCAGCUGUGGUCGUUCACCAUUGCCGACUCGGAGAGCGUCAGCUCGAUCGUGCCCGGCCACUUCGACCACGACAACGUGACGGACUUUAUGGUGAAGUACAACACGGGGCCCGGCUUCCCGAUCUACUACUACUCGCAGACGACGAUCGUGAACGGCACGAACGGGAAACCGUUCCUCGACAGCACGAUCAAGGAUUCGGGCGGCCCGAACGGGCUGCUGGGCGGCGUUACCAUCUCCCAAACCGGGGGUGGCGAUCUGUUCCUACACUGGCAGACCCAGUGCCGGAAUCGCACGGCCGACACCACGGACGAGUACCAGUUCAUACCGGAAAGCGACGUCAUUCAGCAGUCCCGGGCGGACACGUGCGCCCUCCGCUACAACCAAUCGUCCGUGCUGAAGCUGUACGCGAUCACGCGCCACGUCGAACCGCCCGGUGCGGUCAUCUUCUCGUCGGACGACUUAACGAUCCGGCUGAACGAAACCGGCGCCGGCACGGCGGAACAAUCGCCUCCGGGCUACGCGGCACCGAUGAAGCAUCCCAAGAUGAAGCUGCGGAGCCGCAACGACGGCCAGAGCAGCGCAACGUUGCGCAAGAACUCGGUCGAGGCGGCAUCCGCCGGCGGGCAGCCGGCGAACGGGCCGGGCGACGAUGUGCAUAUGGAUAAAAAGUUGGCCCCAUCGACCGCCGCCCAGCGUCCGGCUGAAGCGGUCGGUGUGGUAGUGGACAGGCCGGGCCAGGCGGCGGCGGCGGUGGGAGGGCACGGUGGUGGCCGGCGCAAGGACAUCUUUCGCGAACAGCAGAGCCAGCCGAUGGGCCAGUCGAUCGAUGCGCUCGCGGAGGAGGAGGCAAAGCGACAGGAAAAGCUGGCCCUGAACAAUGUGUACAAGAAGUACAUCUACAACGCGAACGAUCAGGAACCGGGCGGCGAGCUGGCUGAGGAGGGAAGGGGGGAGGAGCGCAAACCAUACAUCUAUCUGCCGUACGAUCAGAUCGAUCAGGAGGCGCGUGACCCAUACUUGACGAAUCAAAUCCCGCCGGCCCCGGCGUUGGGUGGUUUGGACUAUGACUAUGGCACACCGCCCCUGGAGGUGGACGAGGGCCGUCCCAUACCCGUACCGUACAAGCGUCCACGCUAUCGCUCCAACGGGCGUGACGUUCGCAGCAAGUUUGGAGCAUUCGACGACAUCGACCUGCACGAUCGUUCGCUGGAGGAGCAAGUGUUCAACGAGUCCAACCCGACCAGCUCGCAGAUCGUGAAGAAGGUGCUGCUGAACGACGAGAUCGUGGACGACCUGAAGAAUGCGGACCCGGGCAGCAAGGGCUCGAAGGAGACGCUGUGGGAUCUGGAGAUGGAAAAGGAAGCGAAGGAAGCGAUGAACGACGUCAACGCCAUGAACUACGAGUACAGCAACAGCAAGGCACGCCGACAGACGGGAACGGUCGGGUCGGUCGUGGCCACGGCGGUCAGCUCGACGGUGCCACCGCCAACCCAGCCACCGCUAUCCACGUCGACCAGAUCGUCGGUGCUUCCAAAUGAAAACAUUCUUCCCUCGAUUGCAUCCUCGGGCGUGUUGCUGAAAUCCAUUCCCAGCGCAGCUGGAACGGCCACUCCCACCACCUCAUCCCCGACGCUCGAUUACGUGUUUGUGAUGAACGUGCGCGAAUCGGAACAGUAUCCGCCGCUCUUUCUCGACUCCGAUCUGGCCUGCGUGCAGGAGAAGAUGCAAGCGUACCGUACGUACCGCAACGAGGACAUGGUACAGCUGGAGAAGAAGUUCUUCGCCCAGUGUCUGAAGGCCCGGCUGCCCGAACUGGCCCCCCAGUACCCACGGUACGAGACGCAGAUCAUCGUGACCCGGGUCGAGAUUGGCUGUGCGUGCAGUGCCGACCUGAAUCCGGCGCGGGAAGUGUGCUCCCAGCUGCACAGCUACGACCAGCAACGGUGGACGCAGUACAUGGGGAACGAGGGCAACGGGCGGUACUGAGGCAGCGACGGGGAGAAGGAACAGAUCCGCUGAAUGGGGUGCUCUUCGUCUCCGAUUGCUUCGAACUUUUUGGGGGGUUUCUUUUCUUCCACCGGAUGGCUUUCCGAAUGCCGGCGCUGAGUUUGACACGGCGUGCCGAGCAUUUGCGUAUUUACCAGCGUUUACUAACUAUUCUUACUGUGCACGUUGUCUCCCGUGGCAACCACCUCUCGGUUUAGGAGCAAACUUAUAUCGUACAAAUGGGGAUUCGGGGAAUGGGUGGACAUCCACUUGCUGGACUGAAAGGCACUCAGUAGGCUUUGGCAGGAGCAGUGCAGGAUCCUCCUUUUUACGUUUCUUUCACAGCAUUUCCUUCACUGCAAAGUAGGAUAGGGAGCAGCCAUAGAUAGGGUGGUGUGCUGCAGCUACAUUGGUAGUGAAUCGCGAACAGAUAGGACAAUCCCCUUUAUCCAGAAUUGAAAAAGUGUUGACAGGCGGGUGAGUUAUUUGUGUACAUUAGCGGCAACAUCCCAGCCUCUCCCCUUGGUUCUACAACACGAGCUGGGCCGAUUGGAGGGCCCACUCAAGGGGCGGGGGAGCAGGAAGGUGCCGCAAAUGGUAGAGUGGAGUUUGUGGGUGAUUAAUUUUGCAACACACUUCCUGCGCAUACUGAUAUAUCAUUCAUAAUCGAGCAAAAGUAUUAUCAGAUUAGAUAAAGAAGAAUGAGAUAUAAAGAGAGAGAUAGAGAGAGAGAGUGAUUAGAACAGAAAACUAAUUAUGGAAGAGAGAUAGUAAAUGAAGGGGAAUAUUUACAAUCGCGGUACAGCUAUAAACUAUCUAUGUUUGGGGGGCUGGGAAGGUAAACGGAAGAUAACGAGAGAAAAUCGUCUAAGGGUGGGGGUGGAGGGGAGGCAUUGAUGUAGAGAAUAAACAAAAAAAAAAGGUAUGUAAAUAUAAUCAGGAAUGGGAAACGAA